AUAAUUUAUCCCGGAUACUUCGUCUAGGAUUUCCUGGUGAGUUUCCCACAAAAACACAGUCACGAUCGUCACAAUUUUGGAAUAAAAAAAAGUGUGGAAGUGAUUAUUAUCGGGUGAAUUUCCCAACUUCCGGAAACCUCUGCGAAAAUCCCGAGAUCUAGGAGCACACAAAAUGUCAGACCGGACACCAGCAGGAAGGAGUGCCGGCCGGUCUAGAGGGACUUCCCCUCAACCCCAAGGUGCCUGGGGUCAACGUCAGCCUGCUAGGCCGACGGUUGGACGUUCUGUGAGAGCACCAGCCCCCCCACAAGCAGGUCCAUCCCACGGUGAAGGGCAUUCAGCUCUUCCGCCCCUCGAGCAGGUGGGACCUGGUGGUGACGCUGGUGGUGGCCUAGGAAGAGGCGCCAUGCGAGGCAGAUCUGCGAUUAACUCUGAGAUCCUGAUGACUCGACCCGAGGGAGUAACUAACAAGAGAGGUGUCACAGGUGUAUCUCUUCAGCUCACAGCCAACUACUUCAAGAUAAACUCAAAGGCUGAUUGGUGUCUGUACCAGUAUCGAGUGGAUUUCGCCCCCGAGGAGGAGCGCACGGUUGUCAAAAAAGGUCUCCUUCGUCUCCACAGAGAAAGACUUGGCUGUUAUAUUUUCGACGGAACUGUUAUGUAUAAUGCCAACAGGUUGAUGGCUCCGAAUGAUCCACCACUGGAGUUGUUUAGUGAGCGUAAAGGGGACGGUGAAAAAAUCCGAAUUACGAUUAGACUGGUGGGUGACAUGGUGAAGGGGGAUCCCCACUAUCUCCAAUUCUACAAUAUUCUAACGAGAAAGUCCCUGGAGCACCUCCAGCUGCAGCUGGUGGGGAGGAAUUAUUUCGAUCCACAUGCCAGUGUGGUUGUCAGGGACUUUAAAUUCGCAGUGUGGCCUGGAUACAUCACUUCAAUUCGCCAACAUGAGCACGAUGUCCUUAUGUGCGCAGAAAUAAAUCACAAGGUCAUGAGACACGAGACGCUAUACGACAUUCUGGUGUCGGUGCAGCAGAGAGCCGGUGGAAACUUUCAAAAUGCUUACAAAGCUGAAGUCGUGGGGCUCACGGUUCUUACUGAUUACAAUAAUAACACGUAUCGAAUUGAUGACGUGGACUUUAGUGUCAACCCCAGAUCAACUUUUCACCUGAGGAAGGAGGACAGAGAUGUCAGUUACAAGGAUUAUUAUGGUGUUAAGUAUAAUAUUCCCAUUCGUAAUGAGACACAACCGUUGCUGGUGACACGCUCUUCAGGUCGUGAUCGUCGUGCUGGACAGGCUGAGAUGGUUUAUCUGGUUCCUGAGCUAUGCAAAGCAACAGGACUCACUGACGCAAUGAGGACUAACUUUCAGUUAAUGAACGCUCUCAAUCAGCACACCAGGGUGACACCUGACAAGAGAAUCGAAAAACUGUUGGCGUUCAACAGGAGAUUGCACUCUGAGCCACUUGUGCAGAAAGAAUUCAGAGAUUGGAAUUUGUCUCUGGAGCGGGAUCUUGUCAAAGUUCCUGGUAGAUUGCUGCCGACUGAGAAGAUAUACUUCGGUGACAAUCAACAAGUUGAUCCGGGGAAUAUGGGAGAUUGGACACCAAAGAUUCGGGAUAGCCAUCUUGCUGUGACAACUUUACUGUCCCAAUGGGUCGUUAUCGUGCCUGAUAGACAUUCCAGGGAUACCAGGAACUUCUGUGAAGCCAUUUGUCGAAGUAUCAAAAACUUCAAUGCCCGAGAACCUGAGUACGUUGAAAUUCGUAACGACAGAACUGAGUCGUACACAAUGUGCAUCGAACAGGUCUUGAGCAGGAUAAGUCCUCAACUCGUAAUGUGCAUACUCCCUAGAAAUCGUGCAGACACAUAUGCAGCCAUUAAGAAAAAAUGCUGCAUUGACAGACCGAUUCCAAGUCAAGUUGUUACUGCUCGUUGCUUCAAACCCCAGGGAAUGAUGUCAAUUGCAACUAAAGUUGCUAUUCAACUGAAUUGCAAAAUUGGAGGAAUCCCCUGGACUGUUCAUAUUCCCCUGACUGGCUUAAUGGUUGUGGGGUAUGAUGUGUGCCAUGACACCAACAAGAGAGGAACAGAUUUCGGAGCGAUUGUAGCCUCACUGGAUAGGAAGCUGUCUCGCUACUUCUCAGCAGCAUCAGCUCACACAACAGGUGAAGAGCUCUCCAAUUACUUGGCUGUGAACGUAACGAAAGCUCUGCACUGCUACCAGGAGCUGAACAAGGCCCUUCCAACUCAUAUUCUAAUCUACCGAGAUGGUGUCGGUGAGGGACAGAUUCCCUUUGUCGUCGAUCACGAGGUGCAGCACGUGAAAAAUGCAAUAUCCAAGUUUUACGCAAAUCCAGCCCAAGUGAAGUUAAGCUAUAUUCUGGUCACCAAGAGGAUCAACACGAGAAUCUUCCAGGGGAAGAGGAAUCCAACACCAGGAACAGUCGUUGAUGAUGUUAUCACUAAUCCUUGGAAGUACGAUUUCUUCCUGAUAUCACAGUCUGUUAAGCAGGGAACUGUAUCACCCACAUCGUACUCCGUAAUCUACGAUACGACUGGACUCUCACCGGAUAAAAUACAGUUGCUCACGUACAAGCUGACGCAUCUCUAUUUCAAUUGCAGCAACACCAUGAGGGUGCCAGCUCCUGUUCAAUUUGCUCACAAAUUGGCGUUCCUAGUUUCACAGUCCAUUCAUACGGCACCUGGAGAUCGCAAUCUCCAGAAACUUCUUUAUUUCCUGUAAGGUAAACCAUGAGUCGGUGCUACGAGGAGGUUGCAUUAGAAAAGACAGGAGGAGGAGAGAAGCAGAAAAAUAUUUGCUUGCUUCACAAUAUAUUUUUUUUAUUCAGAAUUGAACCUGAUGAAUGGGGGAAUGUGAAGAUGCUAAAAUGGUAUUCGAAAUGAGUGGGAGUUACGAUACGAAAAUUUGGGGGGUUUGAAAAUUUGUUUUCAUCACUUUAUCGAAUUAUGUCAUUUUCAUUUGAUGAACUUUGGUAAUUUUUUUUUCUUGGUAAUGACAUGAAGUUUUUUUUGCAACAAAUUAUGCAUUUAAUAAUGUAAUUAUUCAUCUAAUAAUUCUUUUGUUGAAAGAAUGAACGUUAGUGAAGUAGUUAAAAGGAAAAGAUUUGAUAUUUCAUGGCCUAAUGUGCAAUCGCAAAAUGAAUAAUUUGAUGUUUACGAACUUGCACAUUUGUCGGUUAACUUUUUUCAAUUUAUUGAUGAAGCAUUGCAAGCAUGAAGACAUUUAUUUUUAUACCGAAUCAUGAAUUGAUAUACACAUUUCUCGUUAAAUUCGAUGAAGUGAUAAAAAUGAAGACAUUCGACAUUUCAUUUCUGUAAUUAUGGAACUUGGAAAAUUCAUUAUUUCAUUGACUGAUUCCACACAUGCUCGAUGUACUUAUUAUUUUUGAUUGUGCUUGAAAAUGGAGUAUCACUCCUUAGCAUUUAUUCACAAGGAAUUUAUUUUUUAUUUUUUUUAUUCACAAAUAUUUCCUUUGUUGGAGACUUUUUUCAUCUAUUUUUUUAACCCCUCUGAGCUAUUCCCCUUGCAUCAGUGCUAAGAUUAUUCCUCAGGUAUUCCGUAGAAUAUUAAAUUCGACUCUUGGUUAGUUUUAAUUUUAUUUCUCACUAUUUUUUCAUAGUUAAAUUAUGAAUUAACGUUUUGGAAAUUUUUCCUGUUCCAAAACCAUCGAAGAUAUAUUUUCAUCGAUCGGUGAAACAAAAAUGUAUAAAAAUCGUAUAAAUAUUGAUAGGAAUUAAAAUUCCCAUUCGUCAGGACGUAAUGGGAGGUUGAUUAGUGACAGAAAAUAAUGAUUUCAGACAAAAAGACGAGUUCAUUUUGAACAAUGAAUAUUAAGCUACGUCUGAUAUCAGAAGCAAAUAACGAUAGAGUUUAUAUUCAAGAGAACAAGUAUUCAGAUUUGCAUGAAAUGGAAUUGAAGGAUGAACAGGGUUCAUUAAAUUAAUCAUUAUGUUUAAUAUUAUUCAAAUGUUUAUCAAGAGCGUUAAAAAGGGAACACAUUGUGAUGUUUUCGAGCUAUUGUCAGAUAUUACUUCAGAAGUAAUUCUACAAUUAUUUUCUUGGCUAGCUUAUAUCUGUAUGUUCUGCAUUCCAAAGAAUAAAUAAUAUGCGUUGAGUACUUAGUAAAGUAGCUGGCACUAGCCAUUUUUUUCAUAAUUUUUUAUAUUCUACAAUAUAUGUUGAAAAAAUAAUGCGCAGGGUUGAAUAUUGAAAAUAUACUGUGUUUAUUAGAGGUAAAUAAAAAUACAAAAUUUAA